AAUGUUCUCUACAUAUAUGGGCAGUCGGAAGAGGCGGGAAAAUGGUAAAAACCCUAGUUCGGAUUGAGCAUCGGUCGUUCUUCUCGUUAAUUUCUACUUGAUUUUUCCACCAAUCCACGCAAAUGGGGAUAAAGGGUUUAACGAAGCUUCUAGCGGACAAUGCCCCGAAGGCCAUGAAAGAGCAGAAAUUCGAGAGUUAUUUUGGUCGGAAAAUCGCCAUCGAUGCUAGCAUGAGCAUCUACCAGUUUCUGAUUGUCGUCGGAAGAAGUGGGACAGAAAUGCUGACCAAUGAGGCUGGUGAUGUGACUAGCCAUUUGCAAGGAAUGUUCAAUCGGACUAUUAGGCUUCUGGAAUCUGGAUUGAAGCCAGUCUAUGUUUUUGAUGGGGCACCUCCCGAUUUGAAGAAACAAGAACUUGCAAAAAGAUACUCAAGGCGAGAAGAUGCAACAGCCGAGUUAGAUGAGGCUAUUAAGUCCGGCAAUAAAGAAGACAUUGAGAAAUUUAGUAAACGUACUGUGAAGGUAACAAGACAACAUAAUGAGGAUUGCAAAAAACUUCUAAGGCUUAUGGGAGUGCCUGUUAUUGAGGCCCCAUCUGAAGCAGAGGCACAAUGUGCUGCCCUUUGCAAAGCUGAUAAGGUGUAUGCUGUUGCUUCUGAAGAUAUGGAUUCUCUUACUUUUGGUGCACCAAAAUUUCUUAGACAUUUAAUGGAUCCUGCUUCAAGAAAAAUUCCCGUGAUGGAAUUUGAUGUUUCCAAGGUUUUGGAGGAACUGAACCUUACAAUGGAUCAAUUUAUUGAUCUCUGUAUCCUAUGUGGAUGUGAUUAUUGUGAUAGUAUUAGAGGUAUUGGUGGGCAGACAGCUUUGAAGCUCAUUCGUCAACACGGGUCAAUAGAAACUAUUCUUGAAAAUAUAAAUAAAGAAAGAUAUCAAAUACCUGAGAAUUGGCCAUAUCAGGAGGCUAGACGCCUUUUCAAAGAGCCUUUGGUUUGUGUUGAUGAUGAACAGCUUGAACUUAAAUGGACUUCUCCAGAUGAAGAAGGGUUGUUAAACUUCUUGGUGACUGAAAAUGGGUUCAACAGUGACAGAGUCACAAAGGCAGUAGAGAAAAUAAAAGCUUCCAAGAACAAGUCGUCACAAAAUCGAUUAGAAUCAUUCUUUAAACCAGUUGUUAGCACUUCUGUUCCCAUUAAAAGAAAGGAUACUAAAUGCAUUCUUGGAUCUUCAAAACAAGUAACCAAGACUAAGAUAUUAACUGGAAAGAUCAUAAGCAGAUUUAGUCCUCCAACUUUAAGUCUGUGUUCCAAACACCCCCUGAUGUUAUCCAAAGGUUUUAUGACGUUUUUUUUUGACAGGAAACGAAUGAAAAAGCUGCAAAAGAAUCAGCCAACAAAAAGGCAAAGGGUGGAGCUGGUAGAAAAAAGAAAUAGGUGCUGCUUCUGUUGUAUGCCUGAUGUCUCCCUCCAACUUUGAUGAUUUUUUUUUAAUAUUUUGUUUUGUAAUAUUAAGAAGUUUCUAGUUUCUGAUGAUAAUUUCGCUCUAAAAUCGAGGUAUCAUGUUAUCUUUUACUGAAAAGACUGUUUUCUUUACAUCAGUAAUAUUGACGUCUGUGUAGAGUAAA